CUGAUGCGCAUCAAUGCAUCAGUGCGGGAAUCAAUUUUUUCCUCAUAUGCAUAAGAGACUCGAUGAUACUCGAAUUCAUUUGAUGAUACUCGAAUUCAUUUGACGAUAUUCACAUAUAUAGAUGUGAGGAAUUGAUUAUUAAGUUGAAUCGGGGAUUCAUUUAUUUAGGAUGCAAGUUGUGUUUCGGUGUGCAAAGAGUAUGAAAGACUAAAACAAGUGAAUUUACACCAAGAAAGGCUAGAUGCAUUCAUGCAUUCAGUAGCUUGUAGAGGCAAGGCAUUAUGUGGCAAAAAGUCAAGAAUUUCAUGGAGGAAUGGCGGUAUCAGUUGUUUUACUUUACUUUCUACGCCGGUUAUAUGCCGUUGUUGUUAUAUCUACCUGUGUACCUGAAACAUGUUGGUUUGACCAGCGUUCAGGUUGGUAUACUAAAUGGUAUACGGCCAAUACUUCAGUCUCUUGUCACACCGCUUUUGGUAAUUUUAGGGGAGAAACUUCGCUCAAAUAAACUUUUAUUUGUUGCAUCGUGCUUCAUCGCCAUAGCAAAGGUUCUGAUCAUGUUUCUUCUUAUAAAACCUCAACAACAAGUGUGUGUCAUGAAAUUCGUGAAUAAAUCUAAUGUUGUUGUUUGGCGGGUCGAUAAACUGGUACGUGUCUCGCUUUUAGUAGGCGAUAACUUGCCAGAGGAACAAAAUAUUCUCACUAAACGCGUCGUUGAAAGGGAUUUUAACAAAACACUCAACUCGAUACCGACAUUCAGUGGUGAAUUUGUAUCAGACAAGCACCCCAUCAGUGAAAUUAGGAAGAAUAUAACUAAAACUGGAAAAGAUUUUAAACGGACUUUGAUUCGUGGAUAUCAACCAACCGAUGUCAGUGGUAUGACAGCCAAUCCAAGGAAGAGAAAUAAAAUAAAAAAUACCCGGAUAAAAUUUACAAUUGUUUACAACCAAAGUGAACUCAAUCGAGUUUUCACAGCACUUGUCUUUUUAACCUUAUUUGCUGAUCCAUUUGUCGCUGCAAUAUAUACUUUAGUAGACUACUCAUGUGUUGCAAGCACCGACAUAGGACGUGGAUACAGAGAAGUACGGCUUUGGGAGACUAUAGGAUGGGGAGCUAUGACUCCAAUAGUUGGGUUGGUUGUGUUCGCACUGAGUAACGAAAUGUGCGGUAUGAUGGUGGAAACAUUUCAUUAUAUGUUCUUUUUCUUUAUAGCAUUUACCAUCAUUGCUUUAUCUAUAGGCAUACAAAUUGAUUUCACGCAAAAAAUUCCAGAAGUUAUCUCAAAAAAGGUCCAUAGCGCGCACUCUAACCUUCAGUAUGGUAUGUUUUCCAUCAUUUCUGCUUUCGCUGGCUUUGGUCACGGAUUUUUGCUCACAUUUGUCAACUGGUUUAUCGAUACUCUUGGCGGAACUACAGUAAUCAUGGGUGUAGCCACUACUACGAAAGCUAUGAUAGAUAUAAUCCUGUAUUUUACGCUAGGAAGACUUAUGGAGAAACUUGGCUAUGUUGCGACACUUAGUAUCGGUCUCCUUGGACAUCUCGUUGUUUUUGUUAUAUACUAUGGAAUAACAAACGCUUGGCUGGUCAUCUUGGCAGAAGCAAUGUAUGGUAUUGUGUAUGGAUCGUUAAUGUCUACUGCUGCGUCAUUUCUUGUUAAGGUAGCACCAGCUGGUUCAAGCGCUCGCAUGCAAGGUAUGAAUAUUAAUAUAAUCUACUAUUUGUUUACAAUUUUAAUACAUGCAUAUACUGUAUAUAUAGUUGAUCAGUCGUCAACGGGUAAUUAGUCGUCCAAAAACUCCAAAUAAACCAAAUAAUCCUGUUUUCGCCUCAAACAUUUUUAUACUCAUCUGUCCUCAGUCUAACAUUUAAUGUGCUCUCUGUCUCUACUACAAUUAGCCAUUCCGAAGUUGAUGAGUGGACUGCAUGGGGACGAGUGUUAAAAAGUGCCCAAAUUAAGAAAUGAACUAAAUCACUAAAAAGACAACCUCAAAAUUAGUAAGUAUACAAAGUUUGAAAACGUUUACAUGAAUACCCUUCGCAUAAUAAGCUUUCGAAAAUUGUGAAAUUACUGAUUAAAAGAUUGUUUUUGGGACGCGCGUCCCAAAAACAAGAAUUACAAUACAUUUCAUAGUAAAUACCACAAUUUUCGAAAGCAUAUUAUUCGAAGGGUAUUCAUGUAAACGUCUUCAAACUUUGUAUACUUACUAAUUUUGAGGUUGCCUUUUUAGUGAUUUGGUUCAUUUCUUAAUUUGGGCACUUUUUAUGGCUUUGAAUGGCUAAUAUAGUACUAGUUUCCUCUAUUAGUCAGAUGCCAUCCUCGCGUCGUGGGUGUGGAAAAUUCAAGUGGUCUUUUUGACACCAGAAGGCGAAGUGAUUAUUUAGAUUAGAUUUUUGUGCUUAGCUAGACUAGAAAUAGCCUGCGCGCAGACUAUAUAAUGACAUAUAGUCUGCGCGCAGGCUACGGACUAGAAACGACAGAUGCAAGUUUGAUGGAAAAUAGUAAAUACCACAAUAUAUCAUGAUGGGAAGUCCGAACAGGGUCUGUUUUAGGGACACGCUCGCUAUAUAAUAUACAUUUUUAUUUCUUUAGCAAUAUUCCAUGGCAUAUAUUGGGGUGUCGGCAUGACUGCAGGAUGCAUAUUGUCUGGUUAUCGUAUAGAAACUAGUGGAUUUCCAACCACCUUUCUUACAUUCGCGUGUAUUACAGUUUUUAUCACACUCAUCUUUCUAACAGUUCAAUGUUACAUGUUUCUUCAAACGGAAGUGAACCACGAAUUUGAACGCAGAAUGUUUUCUCUGUCCAUGGAUAGUGAUUCGGAGUGAACACGGAGACUUGAAGCUAAUAAUAUGAUCGUAAUUAUUACAAAUGAAGUUUGUCUUUGUGUCAUAAAAUUGCAUAUUUUGGUCUUGAUUUCAUAAUAUGAUGAUGCUUGAAAUGCUACUGAGCACCCUGAUAGACAGUAUAGACAGUAUAGUCUAUACGAUAUGUGUUCAUUUGAACAAUGGAUGUGUGGUAACGGAUUUUAGUAUUUAUCAUAUCCGCAGUAAAGCUUUAAGUAAAGGAUUUUAGAAUUUCGUAAUAAUGAAAAUGAGUUUUGGUACGUACAAUUUUACAAAUAAUUUAGAAUGUGCCUGUCAUGAAACAUUAAUAUAAUCACUUUCAAAAGUUGUUGAUUCAAUAUAUAUGUGCUUGUGAAAUGGUGGGAUAUAUGUUCUAUUUUCCAUUUGAGCGAUGGAGUAGGGAGUUGUUGAUUUGAGCGAAGUUGCAAUUGUUUGAAGUUUUAGAGGAUUUUAUAAUUUAGUGUAAGUACGUAUCAGUGUAUCACGAUUAUUUUUAGUGAAACCUAAAUGAACGAC